CAGUAGAGCGCAGCAGCAGUACGCAGUACUACGCAGAGGUGAAAGCUCAGCGUGACAGUAUGUGUGCGAUCUCUCCUGUAUGAGUGAACAUGGGACAUAAAUGGACAAUCAAGAUAAUUUACAGUAAUAAUAUCGAGCGCGUCGGAUUAUCGUGUAACCCUUCCUGUGAUAUUUCCAGAACCGCCUGAUAACUCGGCGACCCUCCGACGAGCAGCGCGAACUGACUGAUGUGAAUCUUUGUUAUGCAGACAGAAGAAAACAGAAAAAGGAGCCAUGAUUUCUACCAGACACGCUAGCGUCAGGCGCUCAAGAUAACUUGUGGAUUUUCUCUCUCGUCAAGUGGUUGUUUUAUCCGCAUCAUUUCGGACGAAACGAGUCGUGGUUUCACCACUCGUAACUGGACUAUUGGCUGAAAUAACCGUGUGAGUUCAGCGUUGCGCGUUUGGUGUUGAACCGCUAAGAUCGCUGCUAGCAUUAGCCGCUGCUGCUACUGCAUCAGAAGGCUUGUCUCAAACAUAUUGCCAUGAGUUAUAAAAUAACAAAUAAACUUUCUUUCUGGGAUUAUUAGUUUCAUAGUGUAGAUAGUGUUAGUUGGUAGAUCAAAGUGAGAAUUCUUUGCGUUGACAGUUUGGCAGUAGCAUGCUAACAAUGCAUUAGCUAGCCUUAUAGCUUUGCAUACAUGAUUUCCCCAUGACAUAGAGACAUAUUUUGGGACGUAUUCUGAUUAAUGUUAUUUUUAGUUUUGAAUUAUCAUUUUUAUGACGUUCGUGACACAUUUGAGCGUGUGUGAAGAAAUGUAAACAUCCGAUUUGUUUACCAUGUAACUUAACACCAUUGUAGUGUUAAUAUCAAACGUACUAGCGUUUACAGUAUAAGGCUAAGGGUGACGUUUUACAGACUUCUCAAGACCUUUGAACCACGCAAGGUUGUUUUUAUAAACCGUUGUUCCUGGAUUGGGAGUGAGAAAUCAUAUUAAUGGGGUUGUCUGCUGAUUUGGCCUAACCCCGUUCAAAGAUAAAGCUGACACGAGUGUUAUAGACCCCCAGAGCUCUGGAGGAAACCGGGUCCAUUUUUGGCAUUAGACAGUUGUCCCAUAUCCUUUGCUGUCACCCUGGCUCUCACGUGAGCAGUCAUGGGCACUCAGGGCAGCCCUGUGAAGAGCUAUGACUACCUGCUCAAGUUCCUCCUAGUGGGAGACAGUGAUGUGGGGAAAGGAGAGAUUCUGGACAGCCUUCAAGACGGAUCUGCCGAGUCUCCAUAUGCUUACAGCAGCGGAAUCGACUACAAGACCACCACAAUCCUGUUGGAUGGGCGGAGAGUGAAACUGGAGCUUUGGGACACAUCAGGACAAGGCAGGUUCUGCACCAUUUUCAGAUCGUACUCCAGGGGGGCGCAGGGGAUCCUGUUAGUGUAUGACAUCACAAACCGCUGGUCGUUUGAUGGGAUAGACCGCUGGAUCAGGGAGAUUGACGAGCACGCACCCGGUGUGCCCCGUAUUCUUGUGGGUAACCGACUGCACCUGGCGUUCAAACGGCAGGUGCCCACGGAACAGGCACGGGCGUAUGCAGAAAAGAAUGGCAUGACGUUUUUCGAAGUGAGUCCGCUCUGCAACUUCAACGUCAUUGAGUCGUUUACGGAACUCUCGCGCAUCGUGCUGAUGAGACACGGCAUGGAGAAGUUCUGGAGACCAAACAGAGUAUUCAGUCUGCAGGACUUGUGUUGCCGUGCCAUCGUUUCCUGCACCCCGGUGCACCUCAUCGAUAAGCUGCCGCUUCCUGUGGCCAUCAAGAGCCACCUGAAGUCCUUCUCCAUGGCAAAUGGCAUGAACGCAGUCAUGAUGCACGGCCGGUCCUACUCGCUGGCCAACGCCGCUGGAGGCAGCAAAGGGAACAGUCUUAAACGCUCCAAAUCCAUUCGGCCGCCUCAGAGUCCGCCUCAGAACUGCACCAGGAACAAUUGUAAGAUCUCCUAGCCUGGGGACAUGGGGCAGGUCCAUCCUCCCCUCUCUUCCUUUUAUAUAACACUCAGGUGCACACGGACAAACACGCAGGGACAUGGGGCUGGGUCGACGACGGAGCAGAGGUGUGGCACCUUUCUGUUCAGGGGGAGCAUGAUGUGACGGAGUCUCAUACUGCUACACUUCCUGUUGCACGACCCUCCUCACCUUGCUGCAGUACAUUUAAACGGCACAUUCACGUUUUAUUUCUCCCUCAGACCAAAACUAAAACAUUGAUUUGGCCACUGAAAGCAUGUUUAAUAACGCACUAGCGCCCUCUGUUGGAGAACUCAAACAUUUUGUUGUAACGCUUUAGUUGUUCUCUUUUUCUGUCCUCGGUGAAUGCUGCACCCUGCCAAUGUGUUUUGUCAAGGGUUCUGUUCUCCUCCUAAUGCUGAAGAACGUAAGACGGUCACAUGGUCUUGCAUGGUAAUAACACAAUGAGAGAAAUUUUUGAGGGCUGGUGCGAAAUGACUUGUAGUGCUUAAGCGUGAACUUAUGUAUUAAAACUUGAUUUGCACUGCAAAUUGGUGGUCUUAAGUUGGUCAAUGCUGUAGCUGGUCUUUUGCACACACGAUAACUUGUAAAGAGCGACUGUGUUGUUGAAUGUGGACUGUGAAAAUGGGCCCACUGGGUGUUUGUUUACCCAACAGCACAAGCAACACCCGAUGUCCUCGCCUGAAGCUUCUGGAAGAUCUAGAAUAUGGUGAAAUGUUUCUUGUUGGCUACCUUUCGUUUAACAUCGAUUGCUGAAAACUCCUCAGGGGACAGUGUUGUCAAAGAGUUAUUUUCUGUUUUUCCCUGCAUGUCUUAUGGAACGGUCUUCACAUUUGCAAUAUUUUAACCCUAUACGGUUCGUAAUUACGCCAGGGCUAAUGUCUUAGCCGUACCACAGCUAACCCUCUGCCUAUCCAAGACUCAUUGCUGCACUAUUCAGUACUUCUGCAUUAUAUCUUGUGCAAUUGCACGUAUUUUUCUUCUCUUCCAAACAUGCCAUAAUUUCAAAGUCCACGAUUAUCAGUGUUGUAGCAUGAGUUCAUUUGAACUAUACAGAGUGCAAAGUGCAGUAGUUUCUGUUUAUAUAUACUGAAACCGCAUCAGAAUGAAGGUAGUAAACAUUCCAGGCUCCAAAAUAAAGGAAAUUGUGACGUCACCAGUGUUUGUAUGAUAAGCAGAACUUGUUUGUGGCAGAACAUCACCUUGUCUAUAAUCUGCAGCACUUUGGUUUUUGUGAGAGUUGCUUUUUUCCGUCUCUGAUGAUUCGUUGUAAAAUAAUUGAUGCUCUUCGCACAAAUCCCUGGAGAUUUUCCCUAAUCUUUGUUCAUGAGCAGAGAGCAGCUCUUUCCAUCUCCUGCACCCCCUCAUCUCAGGGACGAGCCCUGGCGUCCAGCAGCAGUCCUGCCCAAUGAAGCCUGUAUGAACCAGGCUGAGUGACAGACUGUCUGCAGGGGGCAUUAAAUACUCUGCUUUAAGCUAUAUACAACAGGCCUUCUGCUGUGACUGUAGCUUUUAGAGUUCCAUGUGAAAGCGUCCAUCUGUUGUGUACGCAAAAGUAAAAGGUCGAAUGACGGUGCCAUUUGUCUCUCAGCGACACCCCUUCUCUGAUUCUCGAUAAGAUGUGAUAUCCGAAGUUUUUAUUUUAUUCCUUUUCGGGAAUCUUCAGAAUGUGUAGGUAUUAGUUUCAGCUUCUCACCUGAGAGAGAUGGUUGUUCCCUGUAAUGCACAUCAUACGGUGCAAGGAAAUUACGUGACCUAGCUAGAAAGUUCCAUUUCAACUUUUUGUAUUGUACAUUUUUUUCCCUCUUUUAUCUAAAGUCUUUGUUAUUGAUAUUUUAAAGAAUGUGCUAAUUUUAUGUGUAAUGUUUAGCAGGACACUCUCAUGUGUGUAUGUGUGUGUGUGCGCAGAAUAAAGGGAAAUGUGAUUGCUGAAGUAGUAGGACACAAAUGUAAACACUAUUUUCCUUUGGUUGAAGCUAAAAGCUGCUGAAUAACUUGCGUAAGAAAUUAUCGUUCUUGCAACAACAAACAACAGUUUUUUAAAUUAUUGAUUGUACAGUUCUUAGUGUAUGAAAAGCAACGACUUUUUCACAAUAAAAUUGUUAUGAUUG